CGAUUCAGUCCUUGAAGCGUCGGAGCAUCUGACUGUAGUCGUAGGUAAGGGACUUUCGUGUAUAAAAUGCUCGACUCCUCAUGUGCAGCGAUAUCACCAUCAACAUCGCAGUUCAUACAUCCCAAAGUGUUCUUCAUAUCCUUACCUAUCCCCACAUAUUCGUCUUGUCUACCUAUCCUUAUCGUUAUGUUUUUCAAAAAGACGGCCUUGGUUGGCAUGAUUGCUAUAUCUGCUCAUGCGGCACAUCUCAGCUGGAGAGCAGAGUCUGUCAAAGUAUCGAACUAUACAUACACUGGAAGCUCAACUGGACCUUUCAACUGGGCAAACCUGCAGGGCUGGUAUCAAGGUGCCAACAAAGUUUGUGCAACAGGUAAAAAGCAGUCCCCUAUCAACCUUGAUAGCAGCAUCCAAACAGGAGAAGCCCCAACCAUCAACUACCCUGACGGUAAUGCUAUGGAGCUCGAAAAUAUCGGGACCACACUCGAAGUUGUGAACAAAGGCACCGCUUCAUACAGUAUCGUGGUUGGCGAUCGUACUUUCCUAUUCAACAACUUUCACUUCCACACCCCUUCUGAACAUCGGAUCAACGGCGAGUCGUUUCCCCUUGAAAUGCAUAUUGUCAAUGCGGCACGGGACCCUGCUAACAACGUCGUCCUCACUGUGCUCUUUAACAUCGGCACGUCUGCUAACGCUUUCCUCACAAGUGUACUUCAAAACGCUGCCUCGGUGACUAGCCCGGGCAGCACAACAAUGACAGGCAAUCUUAAUUUCACGCCUAUUCGCAACGCUUUUGCAUCUUCAGCGGCACGCAAAGUCUACGAAGGCAGCCUGACGACGCCCCCGUGCACUGAGAAUACACAAUUCAUCAUCGCGACGACACCACUGACGAUGAGUAUUGCACAAUACAAUACCAUCAAAGGGAUUAUCAAAUUCAACGCGCGGUACACGCAGAAUGCUCUUGGGCAGACAAACUUGUUGCAAAUCAGCCAGCCGAGAAGCUAGAAUUUUAUGCAUACUGAUGUUUCGCACUUCGUUUGGCG